UUCGGAAUUUACUAGUGCAAAGUAGCGUUACUGCAGCGGAGUGUCGCGAGUGCCAGUGUGUGUGUGCCAGUGCGCGCGAGUGUGUGUGAGUGCGGUGGGGCCUUAAAUCACGUGUAUAAAAACACGGCAUUUAUUUACCUUUGGCGGCGACAAAAAAAUCCGUCGGAGCUCGCCCUGACGCCCAGGCUCGCGUUGUAAUCCAUCUAUCCAUCCGCGACGAUGAUGAUGACCAAAAGCGAUAGGGAUAUUCUGGCUAACUCCAUGUAUGAGGAUGACCCCAAUGGGAACUCAGCGCCCGCCACCACCAAAGACCAGGAAUCGUCUCGGCCUGAGGCACUUAAGGCAACCACCGAAGUUUCUCCACGCUGGGGACCACAGAAUAAGGGUGCCCAAGAAUUGGCCUCGUUGUACAGUCCAGGAAAACGAGCCCAGGAACUCAUUUGCGUGUACACCUGUAUCGGCCUAAUGAUUAUAAACUUGGCUUUGAUUGUGAGGCAUAUGCGCUUGGAGCGAAUAAGUGUGGCCUUUAUAUCAGCCUUGUGUGGGAUUAUAACAGCUGACUUUGCCUCCGGAAUGGUUCACUGGGCAGCCGAUACAUGGGGUUCGGUGGACUUACCCCUCAUUGGAAAGAAUUUUCUGCGGCCAUUUCGAGAGCAUCAUUUGGAUCCUACAUCGAUAACGCGUCAUGAUUUUAUUGAAACGAAUGGGGACAACUUUAUGGUUGGCAUACCCAUCCUUGGCUAUCUGGCGCAUUAUUUCUACAUCAGGUCGCCUAGCGAGAUACAGCAGCAUUUCGGAUGGAUAUCCUAUGUAUUCCUAUGCUCCAUAUUCGUGGUGAUGACCAAUCAGAUUCACAAAUGGUCGCACACUUACUGGGGCCUACCUAGGUGGGUGCUGUUAUUGCAGAGCUGUCACAUCAUCCUGCCCCGGAAACAUCAUCGCAUCCAUCAUGUGGCGCCGCAUGAGACGUACUUUUGCAUCACUACCGGAUGGCUUAACUGGCCACUUGAACGCAUAAGGUUUUCCACCGUUCGCAAUAAAGACCUUAUAAUAAUAAGAAGCCUAAUUCUUUUAUUAAAAGAUCUUUCUUAUUUUGGUCAACAUUCGAGCAUAUCAUCGAGCACUGUACGGGUCUUAAGCCCCGUGACGACGAUAUGAAAUGGGCUAAGAAACUCACAUAGGUUUGCUGACCAGCGACUGUAUA